GCCCAAAGGAAAAACAGCCCCAAAGGUUCCUCCUGGUGCUUCAGCCGCGUGUUCCUCAUUCUGCUGUGCUGAUGGUGAUCAUUAACCCAAGAGCUCAUCAACCAGGUUAUGGCUCAGGGCAAUGCCUGGGUCCAUGUUCAUCCUGGGUGGAUGCAGAGCCCCAGGGUGGUACAUGAAGCUGCAAUGGGAUGUUGGUGUUCAGAGUUCUCCAACCGUUUGCUCCAUUGCCAAAGCAGUAAACUUCCUCAGAGCAAAUUACCACACCCUGGAGCUGAGCAAAGGUAGAAGCUGGGCAAAGGUAGACGCUGGGCAUAGCCGCGCGUUUCCUGCAGCUCAGAUGCGCUUCACAUUGGGAUGCAACCACCCCAGUUUCACCCUUCCCUGGAGGACCCUCCUGCCUUAUCUCGUGGCUCUGCACCACCUCCAGCCGGGAUCAGCCCAGAACAGGGUGGUGGCACCGAGCCUCCGUGUCACUGCCAUGGUGGGACAGGACGUCGUGCUGCGCUGCCAGUUGUCCCCUUGCAAGGAUGCUCGGAAUUCAGACAUCAGAUGGAUCCAGCAGCGGUCCUCUGGGAUUGUGCACCACUACCAAGAUGGAGUGGACCUGGAGCAGAUGACAGAAUAUAAAGGGAGGACAGAAUUGCUCAGGAAGGGUCUCUCUGAUGGAAACCUGGAUUUGCACAUCACUGCUGUGAGCUCCUCUGAUAGAGGCUCCUACAUCUGCAUUGUGCAAGAUGAUGAUGGCUAUUCAGAAGCUGUGGUGAACCUGGAGGUGUCAGAUCCCUUUUCCCAGAUCAUCCAUCCUUGGAAGGUGGCUCUGGCUGUGGUCAUAAUUCCUCUGGCUGGGUCAUUUGUCAUCAAUGUUUUUCUUUAUAGAAAGAGAGCCGCACAGAGCAGAGAGCUGAAGAGAAAAGAUGCAGCAUUGGAGGAGAAAGCUGCAAUGUUGGGAAGAAAAGAUGCAAUGUUGAAAAAACUGACUGCAAUGUGGGAUUUAAGUGCUGCAAAUCUGAAAGCACAGGCUACCAUACUGGUGGAAAGAACUGGAGAAUUGGAGAUACGGAAUUCACUCUUGAAGAGACAUUUAAGAAAGAUGGAAUACAGUGCUGUAAUACUGAAGCAACACAUUGUAGAAGGGGAUAUAAGUGCUGAAAAUCUGAAGGAACAAGCUACAAAAUUGGUGGAACAAACUAAAGAAUCAGUAGUAGAAUCUGAAGAAUCAGAGAUUCAGAAUUCACUGCUGAAGGAACACUGCGAACGGAUGGAAUUAAGUCUUGCAGAUCUGAAGAAACUAGCUGCAAGACUGGAGGAAGAAGCUGAAUAAGUGGAAAAACCAUCUGAAGACUUGGAUUGAGAGAUGAACUGCGCCUCACAGUAACCACAGGAGUUAAGCUUCAUAGAUCAAUGACUGCACAGCAUACAGAAACCACGAUACCUCAAACAGAGCAAGGAAAUCCACAGCGAGAACAAGAGGAGCCAGUGUUUGUGUUGAGUGAGAACACUGCAGUUCUGUCAGAUAAGGCUGCCUGAGGGACCACCAAACUGAGGGUGUGUGACCUCCAACUCAAAUCCAAUUGGAAGAAACUAUAGAAAGGAAGACUACAAGAGGAAGACAGAGAUCCUGGAAAAGGGAUAGACGUUUUGGGAAUUAACAUGGCCAUGUAUCAGGGUUUGAGGAAUUCUAAUGUAUAUAUAAGGCUUUUGGAAAUAUAAACAUGCACACAGAAGCAAAGGAAAAAAACUGCUUUGGGUGUUAAUACUGUUCUCUGUCCCUAUAUAAUAAAGAAUACCUGCAGAUGGUAAUGGA